AUGAAAUAAAAUAAAAGUGCAGAGGCAAUCCCUUUUAUAGUUUAUGACUAAAAAGAAGGAUUUCAAUUAAACAAAGAUGCAGAAAACUAUUUAAAUAGUCUCGCAUAGGAUAGAAAACUUGGUUUAAUUUCUAUUGUAGGAAAGUAUCGUACAGGAAAGAGUUUCUUCGUAAAUAGAGUACUCUUGGAUAGAUAAAAAGAUGAAUAGGGAUUUUAAGUAGGUCCUACAAUUAAUCCUUGCACAAAGGGUCUCUGGCUUUGGAAAAAGGAGCUAAAAAGUAUAGAGGAUGAAAAUAUGGAUAUUUUAUUGAUAGAUACUGAAGGUUUUGGUGGAAUGGAUGAAAAUUUGAAUCAUGAUUCCCGUAUUUUCUUGUUUAGUUUAUUGCUAUCCUCAUAUUUCAUUUAUAACUCUUAGGGGAGCAUUGAUGAAAAUGCUUUGAAUAAUUUAUCGCUUAUUAUUAAUUUGGCUAAAGAUAUUUAAAUUAAAUCUAAAAAUAAUGAUUCUUAACAAGAAGACCCUGCCAAUUAUUUUCCUUCAUUUUUAUGGGUUAUUAGAGACUUUGCUCUUUAAAUUGUUGACUAAAUGGGAAACAAAAUUUCAUAGAAGGAUUAUCUUGAAAAGGCCUUAGAAUUAUAAAAGGGUGUGUCUGAUGCUAUAGAAAGCAAGAAUAGGAUCCGUAGAUUGAUGAAACAUUUCUUUAAAGAAAGAGAUUGUUGCACUCUUGUGAGACCAGUGGAGUCAGAAAAAGAUCUUUAAAAUUUGAAUUAAAUGAGCAACGAAGACCUUAGACCUGAAUUUGUUGAAUAAAUCCUCCAAUUAAGAAAGAAGAUCUUCAAAAAGGUUAAGCCAAAAAUGCUUUGCGGAAGAAGCUUAAAUGGUUAAAUGUUAGUUGAAAUUUGUAAGGCUUACUGUGAAGCUAUUAAUAAAGGCAGUCUUCCUAACAUUGAAAAUGCUUGGACUUAUGUUAAGAAGAGUGAAACCAUUAAGGCUUUUGAUAAAUCUGUUUAGAAAUUAGAUACUAUUAUUUAGGAACUACAAAUGGAUACAGUUGAUCCUAACAAAAUUGAAACUAUUAAAGAAAACGCUAGAUAAGAAAUGAAAAAAGUACUCAAAAAAAAUGCUCUUGGUGAAGAAGAAGACUUGCAGGAGUAUUACUAAUAGAUUGAUGAAUAACUUACUGAGAAGUUUCGUGAUUUUAAAAAAUAAAAUAAACUUUAAUGGAAAAGAAAAUAUGCUGAAAUGUGCAACGAGCAAGUGACUAAGAUAGAAAAAAAAUUAAAUAAUGAGGAAUACAAUAACUUUUUAGAUUUUCAAGCUGAUUUACUUAAAUUUAAGGAGGAAUUUGAAAAAUAAGUUCCUUAGAAGGACUUGGUAGCUGAAAAGUUUUUCACUGAAAUAUCUGAAAGACUUCACAAAUUAGCUGCUGAAAAGGUUAAUAAAAAGUAGGAAAGAGAGCACUAUAAGCAACUCAAGCAAAUUGAAAACAUCUUAGCAAUUACAGAAAAUGAUUUAAAAAAUAAGAAAGACGAAUUCGAAAGUGAAAGAAGACGCUAUGUAGAUAAAAUUAAUUUACUUGAAAGGGACGUAGCAACGUUGAAAGCUAAUGAAAGCAUUCAUCAACAAAAAAUGUAAAUGCUACAAGAGGAAAAUGAAAAAUUGUAAAAAUCAUAUCAGUUAUAUAAAACAACUUACAAGGAAGAGUCUUUACAAAAAGAAAAGGAAACUGUCAAAAGAAUAAAAGAACUUGAAAUAUCUCUCGAAUAACAUAGAACAGAUGGUAUUAAGAAAGCAGCAAGUUUUGAAAAGUAAGUAGCAUUGCUUGAACAAGAAUCUCAAUUCAAUCAAAGAGAAAAUAAAUCUCUCAGGGAAAAGAUCAAUCAUCUUGAAAAUGAAAAUAGAAAGCUUAGAUCAGACAACACUAGCCAUCUUUCAACCAUAGACCGUCUUAAACACCAAAUCGAUGAGUAAAUAGACAAAAGUAACAGAGAGCUAGUUUAUGUGAAAAAUGAAUUCGAAAAGAAGGUUGAAGAAAUUACUUCUGAAACCGAUAAAAAGAGAGAUAUUAUCAAAUAACACUCUGAAUUUAUUAUAGAAAAGACUUAUCUUGAAAACCAAGUCAGUUUCUACAAAAAUUAACUCGAAGAAAAUAAAAAGCUUCACGAUGCUUUGUUAAUAGCUUUGCAAUAGGGUAUGAAUAAAGAUGACUAAGAAAGUAAUAACGAACUCGUUGAAACAAAUAGAAAUCUCUCAGCAGCCAUGGAUAAGAUAGAAUAGAGAUGCAAAUUGUUAGAAGAGAAGAAUGAAAAAUUAAAGCAAUAUAAAAAAAUGUUUAAAAACAGCUCAGCUUUACAAUGUACUCAUUGUUCUAAAUUUAUUGCCAACAAUAUUUUCUUGAAUCAUGUCAAUAGUUGCAUUCAAAAGAAUAAUGUAGGAAAUACUUCAAUUAAUCUUUCUGGCUCUGCUGUUAAUGUUCCUGUAAUGUCAAAUAUGCCUUACAACACUAUUCCAGCAAAUUUCUUAAACUUAGAUCCUAACUACCUCAUAAUAUCAAUUAAUUAAACAAUGGUCAGAGAAUCUCCUGAUAACAAACCCUAUACUGAGUAUUUGAUAUAAUUGAGCUAUCAAAAUAUUAAAUGGGAAGUAGCAAGAAAAUAUAAAAACUUUUGUGAAUUGCACUAACAACUUAUGAGUACAUUCCCAGGUUUAAAAUUCCCAGAUUCUAGUCUUGCUAUUAUAAAUUCAUCAACAGAUAUCAACAAUGUCUUCUACAGCAAGCGCCCAACAGUUAUAGAAGACCGUCGUAAAGCUCUAUAAUAAUAUGUGAGAGAUCUCGCUAAGAUGGACUUGGUUAGAAACUCUAAACCUUAUAAGAAUUUCUUAGAAAUCGACAAGAACGUUGAAAUGAAGUAAAUCAGUCAAGGAAGCAUCUAACAACAAAAAGGAAUGGUAGUAGGAGCAAGCGGUCAUCAUAACACUCUUAGUAAUAAUAAUGAUGAUUUAAAGAGUAUAUUAAACUCGAUAGUUGAUGGAAACAUUGUCAAUUCUCACCAACAAAUGUAACAACAACAAUAGUAGUAAUAGCAAUAAUAAUAGUAAUAGUUCAUCUCUCAAUAACUCAUUUAAUAGUAGUAAUAACAAUAACAAUAAUAUAACUUCCAAUAACAAUAACAGUAGCAGUAAUAAUACUUAAAUUAAGAAUAAUUUAUGUACAAUCCUCACCAGAAUGUAAGUUAAUCUAGCAAUUUGUAUAAGGUUGAUAAAAAAAUGAUGCCUCAAAGCCCAACAUCAUUCUUAAAAUCUUGGAAUGAAAAGAACAUAAAUAAAGAAAACAACCCUCGCACAUCUUCUACCUCACAUAACUAAAACUAUGAUGUGGUCAUAUAAAACUAACUGAACAACAAAAAUUAAAUAUAAUCCCUUCAUGGAAAUGCACAAUUAAGAUAAGGAGUUCAGUCAAAGCAUCUUAAAAUAGAUUUGUCGAAGAAAAGAAAUUCCCAAGUUUUAACAAAAAGUGAUUUUGAUAUGCUUUAAGAUAAUUCUAACUAUUACAUGCAUAACCAUACUAUAGAUUAUAAUUGA